AUGUUUUCCCUCAGUGUCCUCCCGCCCCCACCAAGAUAUCCCUCUCAGCCAGGAGGGGGAUACAAUGGCAUCUCGGCAACUGGCGGCGUCUUACCAAUGAUUGAGACGAACAAUAUUCUCACCACCCCGACGGGGCCCGAAUAUCAGUUUCUCGUCGGCGAGGGUCUCUACGUCUUGAAAGAGGACCUGCAUCUCGCGACACCGCCACCGCAUCCAUCCGAGGCUCCCAUUCAGAACCCGAAUCCCCUCUCGACGGCACCUCAGCCUGCCACAGCCGGGACCCAGCUCUCCCUCAUCAACAUCGACGUCGGCCCGCUACCGCCUUCCUUUUACCGGUCCAACUCCCGCUCCGACGGCGUCUCAGGCAGCAUCCAAGAGCACCCCGACGAGCGAAGCCAGUCCUCCACCGAAGUCCGCGAGAGCACCAGCGACGGAGGCCGUCUCAACUCUAGCGAUGGCGGAGGCGGUCACUUUGGCUCCAACGCUCCCGCCUUUGGCGAGGGCAACACCCUCCUCACCCCUACCCCAACCAAAGACUCCAACAAGCGCAGGAAACCAAAGAACAACAUGACGAAAAGCAACUCGUCGUUCAUCUCGAGGGUGAUCAACCACGAGACCCUGAGCAAGAAGCUCCAGGAGAGAGCCAGGGACGGGAUGUUUGCCUUUGCCAAUGUGAAUAGGGCUUUUCAGUGGCUGGACUUGUCGUCCCCGACCAAGGCGGAGUAUCUGACCAAGAUUUUGUUUACAAAGGCGCAUUGCUUGUCUCAUGAUGUGAACAGGGUGACCAAGAGCGCGGCGCAUGUUGAUGUGGUGAUGGGGUUUUCGACGGGGGAGAUUAUUUGGUGGGAGCCCAUCUCUCAGCGGUAUACGAGGUUGAACAAAAACGUACUUACUCCCCCCUUUUUCCUGUCCCCUUCCUGGAUUCCCAAUUCGGAGAACUUGUUUCUGGCAGCUCACAUGGACGGCACCCUCAUCGUUUACGACAAGGAAAAAGAAGACGCCAUCUUCUCCCCCGAAGAUGAGGGCACCCCUCUCUCCUCACCUUCAACGGCCGUCCGAUCAAGCAGCGAUGCUCCUCCCUUGCCCCGGCCCACCUCCUCAACCUCGUCAUCAAACAACAAGACCACCACCAGCAGCGUUAUUCACAAAAUCCACAUCCAAAAGUCUGUGCAUUCCAAAAACCAAAAAGUGAACCCGGUGAGCGUCUGGAAACUUUCCAACCAGCGCAUCAACGCCUUUGCCUUCAGUCCAGACAACCGCCACCUGGCGGUAGUAUCAGAAGAUGGCUCCCUCCGGAUAAUUGAUUAUCUGUCCGAAACACUGCUGGACCUGUUUUACUCGUACUAUGGUGGUCUGACGUGCGUGACGUGGAGCCCGGACGGGAGGUAUGUGCUCACGGGGGGGCAGGACGAUUUGGUGAGCAUCUGGUCUCCUGGUGUGAACGGGACGACGCAAGGGCAUUUGGUGGCAAGGUGUCAGGGGCAUCACAGCUGGGUGACGGGGGUGAAGUUUGAUUUGUGGAGGUGCGAUCUUGACGAGACGACGACGGGGGCGGGGAGGAAUUACAGGUUUGGGAGUGUGGGGGAGGAUGGGAGGGUUUGCUUGUGGGAUUUUAGCUUGGGGAUGUUGAUUCGGCCUAGGGUGGGGAGCACGACGCAUGGGGUUGUUGGGGGGAGGCCGCUGGGGGAGGGUAGUAGUAGGGGGAGGAGCAAUUCGGGGUUGAAGGGGGAGGUGAGGCCUAGGGCGGUUGAGCCGAGGGCUAGUACGGCGGUUUUGCCGCCUGUUUUGAGCAAAAUUAUUGAUGACGAUCCGCUUUGCUGGUUGGAGUUUACGAGGGAUGCGAUUAUCACCAGCUGCAAGUCCGGGCACAUCAGGACCUGGAGUAGGCCGGCCGAGUUGACGCCUUUGGGGGAGCAGGAGAACAAGGUUGAGUGA